AUGCAUGGCCUCAUUCCGCGGUCCCUGCGGCUCCCGGUCCUCAUCAAGACUGCCAUGGGGAAGCGGACUACUGCCCGCAUCCUCGAAACAAAUGCAACAAUCAAACGCCUGGAGAACAUCUUCGCUCAACGUCAGCUCGAAAAGCAGCUGCUAGUUGAAUUCCAUGGAGUUCGACUUCCCGCGAGCAGCACCGCUACCUUCACGCGGGAAGAAAGUAUCUGCCUACCGUCAAUGAAAGGCGGCUAUUACAUCGUGCACGCCGCGAUUUCCAAGGCGUCGGGCUCCAUCCUGGCUGGUCAUUGCCUCUGCCCCGCAGGCCUGAGCGGCACAUGCCAACAUUUCGUUGGGUUAAUCCUUCAUGCCAUUCACUUGGCGCAAAAGGAUGCGGCAACGUGCACGGAAGUUCCAUGUGCUUGGAUUGUUCCUGCCCAAGUCAAAAAGCAUGAGCCACCUCUGCCUCUGCAAGACAUCACUUUUCACACAAGGAAACAUGAAGGUGCGAAAAGGCGGCGGUUUGAUCCACUGCCAGGGCUCUCACCGAGUGACCCAUCUCUGCUUGCUGCCGAUCUCGAAAAGGUGGCAGCAAACUGCCUGCUUCUCCGUUAUAUGAGCAAAGAAAACUCAGGAGAAUCACUUGAUGAACACAGUCCCAGUGAAGUGGCACCAGAAGCUUCAGACACUCCACUGGUCCCAGACAUUGAAGACAUCCACAGUGAGACCUGUCAAAGACUCAUACAAGAGAGGUUUGAUGCUAUACAGGCCCUCUCGGUGGACAGCAGAGCAGUUGUUCUCGAGUCAACGAUUGGACAGGCCGCAAAUCCAACCUGGCACAUGGAGCGGAUUGGUCGGCUAACUGCCUCAAUGUUUAAAAGAAUUGUGCGGUGCCGGAAACCUGACAGUAUUAAAGAGAUACUUUACCCGCGGAGCUAUAAAACUGAAGCCAUGCACUAUGGAAAUGUGCACGAGCCAGAUGCCGUUCAGGCAUAUGAACAGCUAAUGGCCUGCAUGGAUAAGACCAUAACUGUGGGAUAUACAGGCCUGCACGUGCAUGCUGAGCAUCCGUUUAUUGCUGCAUCCCCAGAUAGACUGGUAUUUGAGGGCAGUGACAUGGGGCUGCUAGAAGUUAAAUGCCCGUUUUCUUUCAAAGGAAAAAGUAUCGAAGAAGCUGCAGCUUCUCCAAAGUUUUGUUGUAGGGCAACAGGUAAUGAAAUUACAUUGAAAAGGGAGCAUGAAUACUAUUAUCAGUUGCAGGGCCAAAUGGCAGUGACAGGACUUAGCUGGUGCGACUUCGUUGUGUGGACUAAUGCAGCAUCCAUUGCAUCCUCCUUACACGUCGAAAGGAUUUUCUUUGAUGAGGCCAUGUGGUCUCAGGAAAUAUUGCCAGCACUACUGCAUUUCUAUAGGAAUGCUGUGCUAGCUGAGGAGCUGACCCAGCGAAUUAGAAGAGGGCUUCCCCUGUAUAGUUCUGCCAGGUAUGUUGGCACUGCCAAAAGGAAUCUGAAAACCUGCAGAAAGCAGGAGCCCCCUACUGCAAAAAUAUGUACACCACAAAGAGAAUGAAGUCAUUGUCAAGGAGGUGGGACAAAACAAUGGCCUGAUACGGAAGGGCGUAUGUGAGUCGGCUAAUUACGAAUGCGUGAACCAGGCUGAUGGUCUCUCCCUUAGUUAGGCCGUCUCUGCUUCUUGCCACUCUCCUUAUCAUUCUGGCCACGUUUCCUGUGACCGCCUUUAGUUUUUGUAGGGUGUGAGAUGUUCCAGCAUUCUGCUGUAUCCACAUCCCCAAUAUUCUGAGUGUCUCCACUUCACGAAUAGGCACCCCGUCGAGAGUCAAAGUGAGCGGCACCCAGUCCUUCUUUCUUGCGUACUUCGCACGCACCCGAAUGAAUUCCGAUUUUUCGGGUGCGCAUGCCAUGUCCGCCGCCCUCGCGUAUUCCACGACUGCGUCUAUGGCCUUUUGAAGGGUUUCUUGCUUGUCCCCGUAGGACCCCUGGUGAGCCCAGAACGUGAUAUCAUCGGCAUAUAUCGCACAACCGAGAUUCGGGUGCUUAUCUAGCUCCAGGGCUAGCUUUCUCAUCCCUACAUUGAAUAGCAGUGGAGAGAGUAUAGCUCCCUGGGGGGACCUCUGUCGGGACAGUUGAAGGUGUCGGACCUCGUGGAGCCUAAUCCGAUUGUGGCCGUGCGGUGGCUGAGGAACGAGCGCACGUAGUUAUAAAUUCGCGAUCCACAGUUCACCGCGAAUAGCGUGGUGGGAGAUGCUGUCGAAGGCCUUUUUGAUGUCCAAUGCCAGUACAAAUUUAUCUUCCGACCCUCUGUUGGGGUGCAGGACCUCGUGCUUUAGUAGUAGAAAAAUGUCCUGCGCUGACACGUGGGGUCGGAAACCGAACAUGUUGGAGGGGAACAUGUUGUUUAGCUCUAUGUGGUUCGAGAGCCGGACCUGCACAACCUUUUCAAAGAGUUUCCCCGCGCACGACGUUAGGGAGAUGGGUCGAAGGUUGUUGAUGUUACGAGGCUUACCUGGUUUUGGAAUAAGAAUAAUUUUUGCUUCCUUCCAUUCUUUUGGAAGGACGCCGUCCUCUGUCCAGACCGUGUCGUUAAAGAAUUUGGUCAAGCUCUUUAGCGUGUCAUCACUUAGAUUGCGAAUCAUUGCGUUCGUGACCUGAUCUACCCCUGGGGUCGUGUUUUUCUUGAAGGAGUGUGCCGCUGCGUAAACCUCUUCAAAGGUUACGGGGGCGUCCAGUUCCGGUUGGUCCUGACCUUCGUAAACGGGUUUGGUGGAUUGCCCGGUCGGUACAGUACCUACGUAUAUCUCUUUAAUUUUGUCUAUGAUGUCAGCUUCCCGACCUUCAAACUCGUUUUCAAGCAGCUUAAGUGUGCGAUUCGCGACUGUUUUUGUUCCUCCCGGGUCAAUCAUACUUCGAAGAAUGCGCCAUGUUUUCUUUGUAGUCAACGUGCCCCGAAGCGAGUCGCUGAACUGACACCAAUUGCUGUCGCUUAGCUUUUGUGCGUAUUCGUUAGCUUCCUGCGCUAGCUGAGCUAUCCGUAUCCUGAGUUUACGAUUAAGCUUCUGCCUUUUCCACCUUUUUGUGAGGCCUCUCCGGGCUUCCCAGAGAUGCAACAGGUGACGAUCCACGGCUGGAGCCUCCGUUGUCGUUUCAAUUGUUUUGGUGACCCUAGAGUGAAUAACUCGGAUCUGCUCGGCCCAUUCUCCUACGUCUGUUAUGCUGCCGAUUGUUUUCUGUUUUUCACGAAAUUUGGUCCAGUCGGAUAGCCUUGCCUUGCCAAUAGCUCUUCGAAUCCUGGCUGCAUUAACCGAUAUGCUUAAGAUAUAGUGAUCACUUCCUAGGUUUUCACCUAGGUUCGUCCAUCGCGUCUCACUUUCGUUGUUGGUGAACGUGAGGUCGGGGGAAGUGUCCUGGGACACGCUGUUCCCGAUUCGCGUUGGGAGAUCCGGUUGAGUUAGCUGAAAAAGUCCGUAGCGCGUUAAAGUCGCCUAACAAUAUUAAUUUGUCCCUACCUUGAGCGAGUCGCACCGCGGUGGCCACCACGUUUCCAAAAUCCGCCUGUUGUUCUCUGGGAGAACUAUAAACGUUGACAAUAAUUGUUUUAGGUUUGCCCCUUUUCUGCGGCCAAAUCGUGAUUAUCUGGUGCUGAAUAGGUUCCCGGAAAAAAUAAUUUACGCUAAUCGCGACAUCCUUCUUGGCAAAGGUGGCUACUUGAGGGUAGUCAGGGUGAGCAUAAAGCUCGUAGCCUUUGAGUUUUUGAUUUUGUUUCCCUAUUUCCUGAAUACAGAUAACGUCGGGAGGGAUUGGCGCCGAUUCUAUGUAGUGCGUGAAAUUAGCCAAUUUAGUGCGUAGCGUGCAGCAAUUCCAUUGCCAGAUUUCAAUGUGUCCGCUCUUUGUGUUGCUUGCCAUAUUAUCCAUGGAUAUUACUGUCGCUAUCAGUGUGCUCUAUAGCUUUCGGAGUCCUGGUAGGAGCUCCCGGACUUUGACUGACCCUCUUUCGGGGGACGGCUGCGGCUUUUGUUUGCACAUCUUCUACCAUUCGUUUGAGUUUGUGUAGCUCUGCGAACAUUAGUUGCAUGUUUUGUGCUAACUGUUGCAGCGUUAACGAAUGAGUGCUGGAGGCGGUACUUUGUUGCAGUGAUGUUUGUGGUGGUGAUUUGGAAGUGUGGUCCGCAAUUUGUGUGAUGUUUGUGGUGGUGAUUUGGAAGUGUGGUCCGCAAUUUGUAUGGGUUGCUGUGAUGUGCUGUUGUUUGCCGUGCGCUUAAAAGCUUCAAACUCGGCUCGUAGCUCGGCUAAACUGUUUCGAAGUAUUUUGUUUUCUAUGGCAAAAUGAAAAGAAAUAGCAUGGCCUAAGCAAAUUGUGUAGCAUUGGUGAUAACUAUAGCCGUUACGUCUAUAGACAUAACAAAAUAAAUGUGCAGUGUACAUGGAAGAUAACUGAAAAAGCAGUAUCAUUUAUUCAGAGAUGGAAAAUACAAAUUUCCUCAGAAGGUAGCACAGUAGACAGCGUCGUCGUAAGUACACGUGAUAUAGUAUGAGAGUACACUGUUGUUACACAGUCUGGUCUCUUCUGGUCAUAAGCAUGGUAAAGGAGGCUCAUUUGAAGUAGAGAUGUGCGAGCUGGCUACUUGUUCUCAUUAUUGAUUGAAAUGAUUGGCUGUAGAAAAUUGCACAAAAAGGCGCAAGUCCUAAAAAUGCUGUCAAUAAUGUCGAGCAUGUUGAUUGGCAGUGGUUUGUCUAAAAAAUGAAAUUCUUUGAUACGUCUUAUGACUCGCUCAACAUGGAUCCUAGCGCCAGCUAUUUUUCGGGUGGCAAUCACGUCACUAGCUGACAAUUGGUUCCCCAUUUUAAAUGGUGGCAUGUGGAUUUGAAUAGAUGGUGGAAAAACGCCCUCCAACCUAAAGCCUUUGUCGACCAUCACACCGUCCCCCGCAUCUAAUAAACCCAGUAGGCCCGAUUU